AUGGCCGGACGUUUGCCAGCGAUUGUCAUCGACAGCGGCACCGGGUAUGCAGUGAUCAUCACAUCAUCACAUAUUCACGUCCACCCUAUGAAUGACAGGUACACCAAAUUGGGUUUCUCCAGCAAUAAUAAGCCUGAGUUCAUCCCAUCGGUCGUUGCCAUCAAAGAGGAGCCCAAUGUUGGCGAUGAGGCCGACAGACGGCUGACCAUUGGUAUCGACGUCUCAGUCGGUGAGGAGGCGCUCAGCCAAUCGGCGCACACCGUGAAGUAUCCCAUACAACACGGCGUUGUGGAGGACUGGGACCUAAUGAGGCUCUAUUGGGAAGAGUGUAUUUACAAGUACUUAAAGACUAAACCGGAAGAUCACUACUUCUUGGUGGCGGAUCCGCCCCUCAAUACACCCGAGAAUUGUGAAUCUAUGGCCGAAAUAAUGUUCGAGUCGUUCAGCGUUCCCGGCCUUUGUAUCGCCGCACAGCCGGUGCUGGCUUUGAUCGCCUCGUGGGCGUCACAAGAAGUGGACGAACGCGAGUCCACCGGCAUUAUCAUCGAAUCGGGCGAUUGCGGCACACAUUGCACACCAGUGGUCGACCACAAUGUGAUCAAGAGUUGCGUUCAACACAUUUCUAUCGCCGGCCGUCACAUCACUUUAUACGUACAAAACGUUUUGCGCGAACGCGAGUCCGCUAUUCCUCCGACUCAGUCGUUAGCGACGGCCGAAGCCAUUAAAGAGCAGUUCUGUUACGUGUGUCCCGACAUCGACACAGAGUUUGAGAGGUAUUACUCGAACCCAAACGAGUGGAUGAAGAAGUAUAGCGCCACGAAUGCCAUCACUAAACAGCCGUUUGAAGUGGACGUCCGUUUCGAGCGCUUCUUAGGGCCCGAAUUGUUGUUCAGUCCGGAGUCCGCGACCCCUCUGUCCGAAACGGUGGACAACUGUAUCCAGAAUUGUCCCAUUAAUGUGAGACCCGCUCUCUAUAAGAAUAUUGUUCUAUCGGGCGGUUCGACAAUGUUUAAGAACUUUGGCCGACGGCUACAGCGAGACAUCCAACGAAUAGCAAACAGAAGAGCGGAUCCGAUGGAAGUGCGAGUGGUCUCACAUCACACGCAACGAUACGCCGUGUGGUUCGGCGGCUCAAUGUUGACCUCCACUCCUCAGUUGGAGAGCCACUUCUUUACGAGAGCCCAAUACGAAGAACACGGUUCCAGUGUUUGGGUUUCACUUUAG